AUGUCGCUCCUUAACCAGCUGCCACGGUCUCGUAUGUACGUUUGUCAACAAUGCAUACGGAAGCAACGGCCUACAUUCGAAAGCCAGCGGAGGAAGGGCACCUGGGCCAAGAAGAUCGUCGACCCGAAAGUCGAAGCUGCACAGUGGGAACAGCGGGCGCAUGGGAUCAAGAACGGGCUCGACAAGAGCAUGUUGACUACUUUGGAAGAGCGAGGCUUUGUGAAGGACGUUGCUGGAGGCCGACAACAACUCGAUUGGCUCCUCACGCAAAAGUCAAUAGGCGCAUACGUCGGUGUAGACCCAACCGCGCCCUCGAUGCAUGUCGGACACCUACUUCCAUUCAUGGCGCUAUUUUGGAUGUACCUUUCCGGCUACCCUUCCGUCACAUUGGUGAGCGCGAUCACCCUCUCAAUGCUCGAGCCGGCGUCGUUGACCAUGGUAUAG